GUAGUAGUUGUUGUUGUUGGUGUUGUUUUUAUUAUUCAUGUUUUUGUUGUUGUUGUUGUUCUGACAUACCCUCUCACUUCUUUCACACCCCACCAAGCCAGUAUAAAAACUACCUGUCACUUGCCCGGAUCAACGCGUUUCAUUUUGAAAAAUUCCGUCGCCAAAGCGUGAUGGCUGACAUAUUCAGAGGACAUUCAGUUUUCCGAGGUGAAUCAAAGGUUGACGUAGAUUCCGCUUUGAAAAACAAGAUUGUUGGCAUAUAUUUCAGCGCCAGCUGGUGUCCUCCUUGUCGUCAGUUUACGUUAAGACUUAAGGAAAUCUAUGAAGAACUUGAAGGAGAUGAAUUUGAAGUGGUUUUUCUACCGUUUGACCAUAGCAAAGAAGAUGCAAUGACAUAUUAUAAAUGUAAUCAGGGAAACUGGUUAUAUAUGGAAUACGGCGAAUCUUUAAUUGACGAUCUGCGAAAGAAAUUCGAUGUAGCUGGAAUUCCUAAAUUAAUUAUACUAAACAAGAAAAGUGAAGUGAUUACAAAAAACGGGCGAGAAGACCUCCAGGAACACGAAGCAGCUGUUCUUAAGAAGUGGAAAGAAAACAAGGAAAUGAAACAAAUCAAAGGAAAAUAAAUUCACAGAUAUGAUUCUUGUUUACUGAAAAACAGACGAACUUUCAUAUAGAAUGUACUAUAUUACAAUUUUAUCUUUUUUUUAUGUGGAAUAAAAACAAAAGACAGAAAAAUUCACAAAAACUAG